GGGGCGACCACACUAUGUGUGAAAAGAGCUUGAAGCGUCGACUUACUGUGUUUGAAGGCGUGUGUUUAAAUCCGGCGCCACUGGAAGAAGCGUAUAUUUGCUUUUUCGCGGCUAGGCAGCUAAAGCUAAUAGCAAUAGCCGCUGGUUUCCGAGCACAAUCGAGGCACUUCAGCCAUCGGCCGUCACCGCCAACCGGUAGGUGGCAGUAUGCCUCUUUUUACUAAACGUAGAAAAAGACGCAACUUCCUGGAGAUGCUUAUGUAUUUGUUUUGGGUUGGAAAACAACUUCAAAUAGCGUGUUUUAAAAAUUCCCAAAUGGCGCCACUGAAGUUUUUGCGAACGGUGUGCUCAUUCCGGACAAUGCCGCACACAAGCCGGCUCGUGACGAGUCGACCGGUCGCUUUCAAAGUUGUUACAUGUCCAGCACACUGUAUGGUUGUGGGUUUGGCAAAGGACACAUGGAGCAGCAAGAUGGCCCUCAGAACCAUUGGGAUGGGACGACAGUUGACUUGCUAUUUCAGUAACGUCACAUCAGUCCGAAGUUACAGCACAGACAAUGUCUUAAUGAACUGCUGGAAGUGUAAAGAACCUUUUGACAAAAGCCCUACAUUCUUCUGCUCGUUUUGUAAAGUACUACAGCCUCCUGAUGAAGGUGUAUCCUUCUUCAACAUCAUGGAUUGUGAAGAUACAUUUGCGCUGGACAUGCACAAACUGCAGAAAAGAUACUUGCAGCUCCAACGCUCCCUCCAUCCAGACAACUUCAGCCAGAAAUCUGCGGAAGAACGGGAGUAUUCAGAGCAUCAGUCAGCGCUUGUCAACAAAGCCUACAGGACUCUGCUGAAGCCUUUGAGUCGCGGCCUUUAUAUGCUGGAGCUGAAGGGGAUGCGCUUUGAUGAAGGUACAGAGUCCGGGGUGGAUGCUGAGUUUCUGAUGGAGUUGAUGGAGAUCAAUGAAGCCCUCGAACAGGCACAGACUCCAGAAGAAGCAGAUAAGAUCAGCCAAGACACAAAAGGGAAACUGAAAGGGUUGACAGAGAAGAUAGACGGCGCCCUGCAUGCAGGAGAGCUUCACGCUGCCAAGGCACUGCUUGCCCAAAUGAAAUACUUCUCAAACAUUGAAGAGAAAGUCAAGGAAAAACUUUCUGGAUUCAUGUAAUUUUGCUCCCCCCUGACACGCUCUUAUUAUUGUGAUACAAAAGUUUUGUACUGAGGCAUCAUGAUGACUUUGCAUUGCUGUACAUGCAGUGUUCAUAAAUAUGGAUGAACCUUAAACAGAACUGCUUUUUAAAUUAGCAUCACAUAAUUUAUUUGUUUAGUUUUUAGUGUUGAUGUUCUUUAAUCAUUCCCUGGUCGUCCACAACUUUGUCAGAGUUAGAAAAACACAAGAAGCUCCUCUUGGUUUUAUUCUGGUUUAUUCCAAAAUAAAAAUGUGAAUUGAAUUGAACAGAUAGAUAUCGGAAAGCCACAACAUAUUGCAUUCUCUCCAAUAUUACAAGAUAUAUGAAAUGUUGCACCUUUUCAAUUAUCCACACACACACACACACACACACACACAUUUGAAGUGCAACAACAUUUUAAUCAGUAAAUAAUGUAAAUAAAAAAAAAUCAUAUGGUUAUCAAUAGCCGGACAGUGUAUUCAGUUCUUCAGGUUUCCUUUAGGUGGAGACAUAACACCUGUGCAGCCACAGCUCUGGCAUCGUACAUGUUGUACAGACUUGAUGUGAGCCUAGUAGGAAGUCCGUUAUUGCGGCAGACAAUCUCUUCAAUAAUUCACGGCGGCCUCGUAUGUAGCAUUAACACUAUGAUAAUCGGGAAGAGUCGCCAAACGACGAUUACCGGUUGAGCCAAAGAUCCGUGAUCUGUGUGAUUUGUACCUUAUAAACUGUGCAUCAUAAUGAAACUGGAUAAGGUUUUGCAGCAGAAUGUCCAUAACCCAUAAUUACUUUGCAAAUUGGGUUCCAAAUUGCCUCAAAGUGGCUGAUCUAAGGGGUGCCCCCUAAUCUGAUAAAGGAACUCAAACUGUGAUAUCAGGUGCUGUUUGUGACACACUGGCAUGAGCAACACAGCAUUUUACACGCAUUUGUUGUUUCAUUCAUGUUUGCACGCAGUCCAGUGCGCAUUCUGACUGGAUGAUUUAGUCUACAACAACAAUGUCAUGUGUUGAGCUUCUUCCACUAGCGAGACCCCUCAACAUACACAUGAAUUUAAUAGGGAAGCUCGAAAAUGUGAUUGACCAACACUAAGGCCGCUGCCAUCUCCCGGAAUUCUUUUGAAAUUGAGUUUGAAAGACACAUAAGUGGAGAAAUCACUCCAUAGACAGCAUGGGAAAUUGACUUGGAUGAGGAGCUUGGCAAA